CGACUUGAGCUGCAAGCACACGCACACGUACUAUAUCUAAUCGAAAAGGAGAAGAAAGCAAAAGUGGAGUCUUCCAUUUUUUGUAGGAGCAAGACCACUGAUUUCAAGGAUGCACGGAUAUGGCAGUGAGAGAGCUCCUCUUCUUGGGAGACAAGGCGGAAGAAGAGGAAAUGGUGUUGAAGAGAAUGGUCAGCUGACUGACCUUGAGCAUGGAGAUGCUGUGCCGGCUGCAAAUGUGGGAUUUGGUAGAGUGUUAUCACUAGCAAAGCCCGAAGCAGGCAGUUUGAUUAUUGGCACGGUUGCUCUGUUGAUUGCUUCGACUUCUAGUAUAUUGGUGCCAAAAUUUGGAGGGAAGAUAAUUGAUAUUGUGUCUGGAGACACUGAAACACCUGAACAGAAAUCUGAAGCUUUGAGUGCUGUCUAUAGUACAAUAUUUGCAAUCUUUACGAUUGUUGUGAUUGGUUCAAUUUGCACAACAAUUAGAGCAUGGCUGUUUUCAUCUGCCAGUGAGAGGGUUGUUGCUCGCAUAAGAAAGAAUUUGUUUAGCCAUCUUGUUCGCCAGGAAAUAGCAUUCUUCGAUGUUACUCGGACAGGGGAGCUCUUAAGUAGGCUGUCUGAAGAUACACAGAUUAUAAAAAAUGCUGCAACUACAAAUUUGUCAGAGGCUUUGAGGAAUUUUUCGACUGCAUUUAUUGGUGUUGGAUUCAUGUUUGCAACUUCAUGGAAAUUAACAUUGUUGGCUUUGGUUGUUGUUCCGGUCAUAUCGGUAGCUGUGCGUCAAUUUGGUCGUUAUGUUCGGGAACUUUCUCACAAGACUCAAGCUGCUGCUGCAGUGGCUUCUUCUAUUGCUGAGGAAACAUUUGGUGCCGUGCGUACAGUUAGGUCUUUUGCACAGGAAGAAUAUGAGAUCUCACGCUAUUCUGAGAAGGUUGAGGAGACUCUAAAGCUUGGAAUCAAACAAGCGAAAGUGAUUGGUUUCUUCUUUGGAGGUCUUAGUGCUGCGUCAACAUUAUCAGUCAUUGUAGUAGUCAUCUAUGGUGCUACUCUGACCAUCAAAGGCGCAAUGACUCCAGGAUCUCUUACAUCUUUCAUUCUUUAUAGCUUAACUGUGGGAUCAUCGGUAUCUGGCCUAUCUAGCUUAUACACAGCAGUCAUGAAAGCUGCUGGAGCAAGUAGGAGGGUCUUCCAGCUCUUAGAUCGUGACUCAUCCAUGCCAAAAUCAGGAAAUAAGUGCCCUCUGGGAGGUCAAGAUGCAGAGGUUGAGCUGGAUGAUGUUUGGUUUGCUUAUCCAUCCCGCCCUAAUAUUAUGGUCCUUAAGGGAAUAACGUUAAAACUACACACUGGUUCAAAGGUUGCUCUGGUAGGUCCAAGUGGUGGUGGAAAGACCACCAUUGCAAAUUUGAUUGAGAGAUUCUACGACCCCAAAAAAGGAACGAUUAUGGUGAAUGGUGUUCCUUUGAUUGAAAUAUCUCAUGAUCAUCUACACAAAAAGAUCAGCAUUGUGAGUCAGGAACCUGUUCUUUUCAACUGCUCAAUUGAGGAGAAUAUUGCCUAUGGUUUAGAUGGGAAAGCAAGCAGUGCUGAUAUAGAAAACGCAGCUAAAAUGGCGAAUGCUCAUGAGUUCAUUUCCAAGUUUGCUGAGAAGUACCAAACGUUCGUCGGAGAACGCGGAGUGAGGCUUUCAGGCGGCCAGAAACAAAGAAUAGCCAUUGCCAGAGCUCUGCUAAUGGAUCCCAGAAUCCUACUUCUGGACGAGGCAACCAGCGCCCUGGAUGCCGAGAGCGAGUACCUAGUUCAGGAUGCCAUGGAUUCUCUGAUGAAGGGCAGGACAGUGCUGGUCAUAGCUCAUAGGCUUUCGACUGUCAAGACCGCUGACACCGUGGCAGUCGUUUCUGAUGGCCAGAUUGUAGAAAGCGGCACUCAUGACGAUCUGCUGAGCAGAGACGGAAUCUACACUGCCUUGGUUAGGAGACAGUUACAAGAACCUGCACCUCAAAUAUAGUUACACUAAGUUUUUAGAGAUUUCUACUUUCUUCUCUACUAAGUUGAUAAAUCAUCUGAUAAAAUAACUUGUUGUUCAGUGACUUGUAAGUUAUACUACUUGAAGUGUAGGUUUAAAACCUAACCUUGCUUCUCAUGUUUAGUUGUGAAUCAACAUUGUUGCAAAAAACUAUUGAAUUCUAUGAGAUCAAAACUCCAUUUUACUGUUGA